AUAUAAGGAGGUAUCUGCACAAUUUCAGAUAUUCCUACAGGCGUGCGUCCUCCGAAGAUCUGCAUCAUCGUGUCCCCAUAUACCACAGAAAAUAAUGACGGUCUUGCCCCUCUUCCUCGCUCUUGUCGUGGGGGCUUCAGCUCAAUUCGACCCUAACUUCCAGGAUGGCAGAAAUGUAAUCGUUCACCUCUUCGAGUGGCCGUGGAAUGACAUCGCCGAAGAAUGCGAAAGAUUCUUGGGGCCUUAUGGAUUCGGAGGGGUGCAGAUCUCACCCGCUAAUCAUCAUAUCGAUGGUAGUCAGUGGUGGACACGAUACCAACCGGUGUCCUAUUACCUCAACAGCCGGAGCGGUUCCGACUCCGAGUUCCGGUCUAUGGUUAAUCGAUGUAACGCCGUGGGUGUCAAUAUCUACGCCGAUGUCGUCAUUAACCACAUGGCAGCCUGGAAUUAUGAUUUUCCUGACGUACCAUUCGGUUCGACUGAUUUCAAUGUCCCUAAUGGCAAAUGUAACACUCAGAAUGGUGAGAUCAACAACUACGGCGAUGCAGACCAGGUGAGAAACUGUAACCUUGUGGGACUCAACGAUCUAUGGACUGGCAAGGAAUACGUAAGAGGAAAACUUGCUGCUUUUCUGAACGACUUGGUUGGUGCCGGGGUCGCUGGAUUUAGGGUAGAUGCAGCGAAGCACAUGUGGCCUGGGGACCUUGAGAAUAUAUUUGGCCGUGUCAAUGGGAAUCCAUACGUCUACCUAGAGGUAAUCGAUCAAGGGGGCGAGCCAAUUACAGCUAGCCAAUACACCAAUAUUGGUGACGUCACAGAAUUCAAACAUUGUGCCCACAUCUCCAACCUUGGCCGGUGUCAAAACCCUCUUACCUACUACAGUAACUUUGGACAAGACUGGGGCAUGUUGAGCUCAGACUCGGCUUUGGUGUUUGUAGACAAUCAUGAUAACCAGCGUAGCCAUGGGGGUGGUGGGGAUGUUGUGACCUUCAAGGAAUCUGUGAGUUACAAACGAGCUGUAGCGUUCAUGCUGGCCUGGAACUACGGAACAAAGAGGAUUAUGAGCAGUUACAGCUUCAGUGAUACUGAGCAAGGCCCACCAGGAAGUGGCCCUACCAUCAACGGUCAGGGUACUUGUGACGGUGGAUGGAUGUGCGAACACCGCUGGCGUCAGAUCCGCAACAUGGUUGGUUUCAGCAAGCAGGCUGGAUGGGAACCUGUUCAAAACUGGUGGUCGAAUGGUAACAACCAGAUUUCAUUUUCCAGAGGCAACAAGGCUUUCUUCGCAAUGACAUGCGAAAGUCAGAUAUCGCGGGAAUUCACCACCGGACUCCCUGAUGGGAACUACUGUGAUGUCAUCAGUGGUGAUCCAACCGGAAGUGGGUGCACGGGAACGGCAGUUACGGUGAGCGGUGGAAAAGCCUACAUCACUGUACCAUCAGGAGAAGACUCGAUGAUAGCUAUUCAUGUAGGUGCUAUGUCGGGUGGUAACGGAGGUGGUGGUUACCCAAGUAACCCAACCUCAUCUCCUCCUGGGAACAACCCUACCUCUCCCCCAGGUACCUCCCGGACAGUCAUCUUCAUCCGCAAGACUACCUCCACUGGUCAGGAUAUGUUCGUACAGGGUGGAAUCAGUCACGAAAAACGUUCCGGUUGCACCAGCGAUGCCGAUACCAGUAACUGCGCAAUCCCUAUCACACAUCGAACCGGAGGAUCUGAUAUGACUCUCAAUUACCAAAGACAAGGUGAUGACUAUCUUGAUUGGUAUGGUAGUGAGAGCGACCAGACUUUCCAAGCCAACGGCUCACCAUUGGUGUGGACCACCAAUAAUAUGGGUCAUGGCGCCAACGUGGAUACCGAAGGAUAUGGCUACUUUGACCUUAACCAAUGGGGUGACCACUACUGGAUGCUUGAUGUCGAUAUGGACUGUAGUAAGACGGAGAAUGGAUGGUUUGAGUUGAAAGGUUUCGUUAAAGGGGGACAGGGAUGGGAAAGCGAUAUUUCCCAGAAAGUUUGCAGUGGGUCUGCGGGAGGAACAAGACCAUACAGCUCAAACAAUCACUUUGCUCGUUGUGGAUAUGUCAACAAGUUUGACUUCGAAAGCAAUAGUUGUGAAAUCAACAACUUUUAAGAAGAUAUUACAAACUAUAUGAACAAAUUGAGAAACUAAACUAAAAUGCGGAGCUUCAUAUUUGCUCCAUGUAUGAUUCACCACUACAAGUGGAAUGCACUGUAAUAAAUUAUUUUUUGUUUGUUUCAAAUUAA